AGUUCACCGCGUCGACUCAACGGGCUUCUUAUUCCAGGCGAUGUGCGACGCGAGCCCUAGCUGCUGCCGCUGCCAACUUCGUCAGCCGAGCACUUCUACACCGCCUUUGCAUGUCGCCACCUCCCUCUCCUGCAGGUUCCGUCGUCUCCUCUUCUCCCGUUCCUUCUCUUCGCUUCUCCUCCCGUCUCUUCUCCGUCGCGUCUCCUCUUUCUCUCCUCUCUUGCCCUCUCUUGUUCUCUCCUCCCAUCACAAAGUCCGAAUGCCUUUGUCUCCAGGAAACUUCGGUAUUUGCUAUCACAAGACUGUUCUAACUGCAAACUUUAUGUGUUUAUUGGACGAUGUACCAAAUGAAAUGACGAUAUUUUGUUAUAGCUACAUAUGUUGAUCUUCUGUUAUGGAUUUUGAUGAUAAUAAUGGGUUAGUGUACUAAAGAUGCUGUGCAAUCUUUAUUAGUAAGCGUAUUUUUUGCUGCACGUUAAGCAUAGGUUGUAAUGAAACAAAUCCUGCAAGUAUAAAGUAUCCUCUGGUCUUUAGAGAGGGAAAAAAUCGCAUGCCAACACCUACGUUGAUGUGCUCAUCAUAUUUGAAAUCCUCCAAACUAUUUAUCUCCAACUUGAUUCCCCCAACCUCAAGUGCAUUCACCAAUUCAUGAUAAACUGGCACCGCACAGUGAAUUGAAAAUGAGGAACUGAAGUGCUCAGUAAGGCCUUGCAUGAACGUGUGGUUUUGUGUUUUCGUUGAGUUUUAGCAUUGUGUAGCCUCUUAUUGGAAAAAUAAAAAAAGGUUAUUAUGCUGUUUACCGGUCAUGAUAUAGAAAGCAUGCAUUUGGUCAAGGUCACAACUCACAAAUCACAAUAUCUCUGGAAAAAGUUAGUAAAUACAAAGUUGUUUAAUUAUUAUAAUAGCCAUGUCAUCACUAAUACAAAUAUACAAACAGUCUUGAGUAUCAUUUUUGAGAUGCUUAAGUGGCAAGACAGAUUGAAUCAUUGUAAACCUGUAAAAAAUACACAAAACAACAAAUUAUUAUUAAUUCAAAUAAAAGAUAUGAUUAUCAAAUUAUGCCAUCACUUUAAUAAAAAUGUAAUCAUUAGUUUAAUAUAUGAGAGUUAUUAAAUCUUAACAAAAACAAUUAUUUAUAAAAUUUUAUGUGUAUAUAUCAUCUUAGAAUUACUUUUUUAUGAAUUCUACAGUAUGAGUUUAUGGCCUUCUAUACAAUCCUAGGCAGGAAAGCCAGUUUGACAACCGUGGCUGGGGCAAAGGCCUGCAUAAACUUGGAACUUGAAAUAAUGCUGGGACCUUCUUAUAAAAUUAUAUUGAGUUUGCAGCUUAAAGUGUCAGCUUAAAAUUAUGCUCAAUCUUGACCUCUGCCGAAUGCCUGAAAGAAUCUGAUAUCUGAAUGGGUGGAGGUGUCGCCAUAUGGGCACUCCGAAGAGCUGCUGCUCAUUCCAUGAGGGGUCAGAGUCACGACAUUAUGUUAGCUCAUGUGUGCUGCAUGGAUUCUAAAUUAUCAAGAAAUAUCUUGGUUCAUGAAAAAGGGCAUUGUGACAAAGGUUCUAACAUUUCCAAGGGUUGCAUACUGUUGAAGCCAUACUCCAGUGGGUGUUCUUAUUCUGUAAUGUCUUUUCUAUGGUGUCGAAAGCUUUCAUCUGAUGUUGGAGCAAGACAGGGCCAGAAGGAUGAUGAUUUAGAGGAUGGGUUUUCUGACAAAGAAUUACCUCCAGAAGCUGAUGCAAUGGUAGAACUUGAGGAGAAUGAGAAUGAUGAGGAGUUGGUGUCUGAAGGAGAGAUCUCUGAAGAAGACACAAAGAUAACUGCUAAUGACUCACUUGGUUUGUUGGACUGUGUAUCAGAUUUUCCUAUGAAGAAGAGAAGACGGGGAAAGAGGGCUAAAUCUCCACUUUUCAAGAUCAUAAUGGAAGCUCCAUCAGACUCAUUUAACAGCACACUUGAUAAGUGGGUCGAAGAUGGUAAUUGUUUGGGACGAGAUGAAAUUUCUUUUACAAUGCUGAAUCUUAGGAGAUAUCGGCUUUAUAUGAAAGCUCUACAGUUUCUCAAGUGGUUCGAAGCAAACAAGUGUAUUGAAUUUCUUGAGCAUGACUAUGCUUCCCAUUUGGAUUUGAUUGCUAAAGUGCUCGGUCUUCAGAAGGCUGAAGAUUACUUAGAAAAAGUUCCAGAAUCCCUAAGAGGUGAGGUGAUAUAUAGAACUCUUCUAGCUAACUGUGUUGCCACCAACGACUUACAGAAAUCAGAAGCUGUUUUUAAUAAAAUUAAGGAUCUUGGUCUCCCCAUUACAACCUUUUCUUGCAACCAACUACUGCUGCUUUAUGAAAGGAUUGAUUUUAAGAAGAUUGCUAAUGUUCUCUCGUUGAUGGAAAGGGAGAAUGUGAAACCAUCUCCUUUCACAUACAGGCUAUUGAUAGACAUGAAAGGUCGUGCAAAGGAUGUACUAGGAAUGGAGAAGAUUAUAGACAUGAUGAAGGCCCAAGGGGUGGAGCCUAAUUUGGUGAUUCAAGCUAUGGUUGCAAAGUAUUACAUAUUUGCUGGCCUCAAGGAGAAGGCAGAAGCAAUCUUACGGGAGAUAGAAGGUGGUGACAUUGAGGAGAACCAUGACGCUUGCAUGGCUCUUCUUCCUCUUUAUGCGGCUCUUGGUAAAGCAGAUGAGGUGGGAAGAAUUUGGAAGAUUUGCAAAUCCGACCCACUUCUAGAUGAGUGUUUAUCUGCCAUCAAGGCCUGGGGCAUUCUUGGGCAGACAGAAAAUGCAGAGGAAGUCUUUGAGAAUAUGCUCAAGAGAUGGAAGACUGUCCCGUCAAAGUACUACAAUGAGUUGUUGAAGGCUUUUGUGAAUAAUAAGCUUCUAUCUAAGGGAGAGGAAUUUGCAAGGCGGAUGUCAGACAAUGGGUACUUUAUCGACCGGACAAAUUUGGAUGCACUUGUGAAGCUGUAUGUGGAUGUUGGGGAGGUGGAGAAAGCUGAUUCCAUAUUGUACAAAGCAUUCAAGUACAACAAUACUAGGCCCCUUUAUAGCUCGUAUGUGGUGGUGUUAGAUAAGUACUCUGAAAGGGGAGAUAUUCAUAAUGCUGAGAAGAUCUUUCAGCAGAUGAGGCAGUUCGGAUAUGUUGACAGAUUGAAGCCGUAUCUAUCCUUACUCCAGACUUACAUAAAUGCAAAGUCUCCAGCAUAUGGAUUCAGGGAAAGGAUGAGGGCAGAUAAUGUAUUGUCUAACAAGGUUGUGGAAACAAAACUAGCAGCCGCCGAUCCAUUCAGGAAUCCUCAGCUCUCAGGAUUGUUUGGUUGAGUUGGGAAUCUUUCUUGCAAGCAAGUUGGAUGGGAGCAGAUAAUUUAUUGUCUAACAAGGUUGCGGAAGCAAAACUAGCAGCCACCGAUUCAUUCAGGAGUGCUCAGCUCUCAGGAUUGCUUGAUUGAGUUGGGAAUCUUUCUUGCAAGCAAGUCGAAUGAAGCAACUAUACCAUAAUGUGCAGGCUCUGCCUUAGAAAUAGGUUCGGAAGUGGUCUGAGUCCUGGUAUUGGAGCAUGUCUUUCAUAACUACCUUGGCAGUGGAAGUAUCGAAGGUGCCAUGGUAGAGAUUCGAGCUCUAGUUUCAAAACGAGCUAUAGUGUCAUAGCCCAUCGUAUUUUUCGUUUUCUAUAUAUGUUAAAAUUAUGUACAUGUAAUGUAUUUGAUACCCUCAAUCAUAUCUUUAGUGUCAUCCUUGUUAAACUUAUCCAAAUGCUUAUGGCCUAUGUUAGCAAACAAUAAUAGUUUGCUGGGCUAGGAAGCAAAUGUGAUGGUUGUGUACUUCAU